CUGGUUUUAUGGGUGUGAAUCUUUCUCUCUUUUUCUUUUCUCUUGAUGUCUUUUUGUUGUAUAGUGGCGUUGUAGUUGUACUCUUUUACUAGUCUUGUUCUAGGGUUUUGCUUUGCUCAAUGUGAAAAGGACUUGUCUUUUUCUCCACUAAAAGCCAUUUCGGUGUGUUCUUUUUACUUCAAAGUUCAAAGAGUCGACCUUUCUUUACAGGAGAGCAAAAUACGAAAAGGGUAUUUUCUUGUUCAAACAAAGAAAUGUCUGCAGAGACUGGCGUAACAUUCCCUUACUUUCAAAGUUUCUCACCUGAUGUUCAACAAUUCGAUGAUCUAUGUUACUCACACAAAUCCAAUUCGUGCUUGGGGAGUGUGGUUCAGAGCUCUGUUAUAUCAGAUUUCGAUUUUGGGGGUGAAGGAGAUCUUUUCAAAGCUCAAGAACCGAUGAUCGAGCAACCAUUGGUUACUGUUGACGCUAUGUCGGCGAUCACUUGUGGAGAAGACGACCUUUCUUCACAAGAACUCAGUGUAACAGAUAUCCAGUCGUUUCAAAACGAUGCAUCUCUGAAUGAAAUAUUCCAUGAAUUCAAAGAAAUCUUGGCAAAAGAAGCAACCGAAACUUCACCGCUUUCAGAGGUCUUGAACUAUAAAUUCCCAGUUAGAACAGACGAAAUCCCGAUUGUGAAAGAAAACGUGCAUCCACCUGGACAGAUCGUGAAAAGUGUGAGCUCGGAUUGUUUAAGCUCGAUGGAAUGGGUUCAGCCUGGUGUUUUGAACACUAUGGAAGUGAACUUUGCAAAUGUUUAUGGGAUGCGAAGGGCGUUUAGUGAAGGAGACAUAAAGACUCUUGAUAAUGGCAAUGGAAGCCAUAGACAGCCACAUCUCAUGAGUGAACACACCAUGGAAGACCGUUGGCAGAAGCUCUCAAGAUACAGAAACAAGAAGACAAAGAGGAAUUUCGGUAGAAAAAUCAAGUAUGCAUGCAGAAAGGCAUUAGCAGACAGUCAACCAAGGAUCAGGGGAAGGUUUGCCAAGACAGAAGAAACUGAAAUCUUGAGAAAGUUUUAAUGUAGAAAAUGUAAAGAAGGAGAUGUAGCCAACCUGGUCAAAGUCAAAGCAGGUUUUGUUAAAUAAGGUUCUAUUUUAGUUUAAUUGUAUGUUGUUAUUAGAUUAAUUUCUUGUAUAUCCCAAAUGUUAAACCCCAACUAGUUCUUGAUAUUCUCUUUACAAAUUAGACUAGAACUAAAAGUACUUGUGUUGUUAUGUAUAUAUGUGAUCUAAAUGUAUAAUGUCACCUUGUAAUAAAGAGGUAUGUAAUUUUGGGAGUAAUAAGAGCAAGUAUAUUGAUAGAA